CAUACCGCCCAGACUAUGUUUCUGUUAUGGUACUCUAUAUCACAGUGCCUAUAUGAUAUAACAGUAUACCACCAACACAUGUUGUUCUUCCAAUUCUUUUUAAAUGUUGAAUAAUUAAAACUGUUUUUAUAAUUAUCGUCUCCGAAGUGUAACAUUCAGGAAUAAACAAAGGUAUUACUUCAAGAAUCUGGAUUCAUUUUCACUGUGUGUGUUAACUAUGUUGCAAAUUAAAUGAUGUUUUUGCUCUGCUAUUGAAUGGGAAGCUUUCCCGCAAACCGCAAACCGCAAAAUUACCACGUGACGUUUUCCCGCGGUCAGGCUUGCAGUAUUUUGUUGACGUUUUUACGGCAAGAGGACGUUCUAGCGAACAAUGUCACCAUUUAGAUGGCCGAAAAUUGAACAUGAUUUGAUGCUAGCUACAGAAGUUGCAGCAAGAAGCCCAAAGUCUGGCACAGAUUGGGAGACUAUUGCCUCCAUACUCAGCAAAGCAUUUAGUACAGAUGGUAAUAGGAUUGAAUUAACUGGACGAUCAUGUAGAGAGCGAAUGGACCGUCUAUUAGCUAAGCACAAAGAGGAUGAUAAGAAAUCGCUAAAAAAAUCUGGCACUGAAGAAGAAUAUACGGAGCUAACCCAACUAUUAGAAGAUAUCAUGACUUGUCGAAGGGAUAUGGAAGAUCUGAAAAGGAAAGAAAAGGAAGAAAAAAAUAGAAAAGAAGAGUUAAAAAACAAGAAAGGACAGGAGAUGCGUGCUGCUGCAGUCAGUAAAAUGUGUAAGCGGAAACACAGCAAUAAGCUUGAAAGUAGCGAAUCUUCUAGUGAAAAUGAUGAGAAUGACGAAAAUGAAGAUGCUGGAAAAAAUAAACAACGUAAACCAGUACGCCAAAGAGCAAGCAAGCUCACUGCAUUAGAAAUGCUCACCGACAAAUAUAAACAAAAGACAGAGUUAAAACAGAAGGAACUCGAGUUAAGAAGAAUGGAACUUGACUUUGAGAAAGAAAAGUAUAAUGCAGAGGCUGAGGAGAGAAAAGCAAAGUUUCAACUAGAAAUGGAAGAAAGAAAGGCAUACAUAGCCCUUCUACAGACAAAAUCAUAG